UUGUAGUUUGCAUUCAGUCGACAAUGAAGGUGCUCAUAACAUUCGCAUGCUUGGCUUUAGCCGCAGCAGUAUCUGCUGACGACAUCAUAAAUGUUGUUACCUCACCUGUGUUCAACUAUCACUGGAGAUUUGGAAUCGACAAGGCUACAAAAAUUAAGAACGCUGAAGAACAAUCCGCAGUCAGCGGGCAAAGAAUCGUUGGAGGAUCUUUUUCUGAUAUAUCUGAGACUCCCUACCAGGCUGGUCUGGUGAUCCAAGUAUUUUUCAUCCUGACAUCAGUUUGCGGUGCAUCCAUCAUCGCCCCUGACCGCGUCCUUACUGCAGCUCAUUGCAACUACGAUGGAGUGAUGACCGCAAACUCUUUCACUGUUGUACUUGGUUCUAACUUCUUGUUCAGCGGCGGCAGACGCAUCGUCACCAGAAACGUCGUUAUGCACCCACAAUGGAACCCCCAAACCACAGCUAAUGACAUUGCUCUUAUCCGGCUUGGUGAAUCCAUCAGUUACACUAACGUGAUCCAGCCCAUUGCUCUGCCUAGCGGUGACGAUCUCAAUAAUGACUUCAACGGUUGGAAUGCUUUAGCCUCUGGAUAUGGCCGCACUGCUGACGAUUCCAACAUCGACAACAACCAGCGACUGAGUUCCGUCACCUUACCAGUCAUCAGUAACAACGCUUGUGCUGCCAUCUACGGUAGCAUCGUGCGAGCCUCAAAUGUAUGCACCAGCGGUGCAGGCGGUCAAGGCACGUGCCGUGGCGAUUCCGGUGGCCCUCUCGCCGUUACCAGAAACGACCGAAAAAUCUUGAUUGGUGUGACAUCCUUCGGAGCUGAAGCAGGCUGCGAACUCGGCUUUCCUGCUGCCUUCGCCAGAGUCACCUACUACGUCGACUGGAUCAACUCUCAUUAUUCCUAAACUAUAGUUUCGUAACUGUGAUACGAGUGUAAUUAAAGUAGGUCUACAAUAUAUUUUUUUUUUCAUUAUAUUCAAAUCCAUUCACUAUUCA